AUGGAUGAGGAACCCGAGCGGACCAAGCGGUGGGAAGGGGGCUACGAGAGAACAUGGGAAAUUCUUAAAGAAGAUGAAUCAGGAUCGCUGAAAGCCACCAUCGAGGACAUUCUCUUCAAGGCAAAGAGGAAAAGACUGUAUGAACACCAUGGACAAGUUCGGCUUGGUAUGAUGCGUCACCUUUACGUGGUUGUUGAUGGAUCAAGAACUAUGGAGGACCAAGAUUUAAAACCGAACAGACUUACUUGCACUAUGAAGUUAUUGGAAUAUUUUGUUGAAGAGUACUUUGACCAAAAUCCGAUUAGUCAGAUUGGCUUAAUUGUAACCAAGAGUAAAAGAGCUGAAAAAAUGACAGAACUUUCAGGUAACACAAAAAAGCACAUAACUGCUCUGAAGAAAGCAGUGGAUAUGAACUGCAGUGGAGAGCCAUCUCUAUAUAAUUCCCUAAAUUUGGCCAUGCAGACUUUAAAGCACAUGCCAGGACAUACAAGCAGAGAGGUUUUGGUAGUCUUCAGCAGUCUGACGACAUGUGAUCCAGCCAACAUCUAUGAUCUAAUUAAGUGUUUGAAAGCUGUUAAGAUCAGAGUGUCUGUCAUCGGCCUAAGUGCUGAAGUUCGAGUUUGUACAGUGCUUGCCCGAGAAACUGGUGGAACGUACCAUGUUAUUUUAGAUGAAAGUCAUUAUAAGGAACUGCUGAUGCAUCAUGUUAGUCCUCCAGCUGCCAGUUCAAGUUCUGAGUGCUCCCUUAUUCGAAUGGGUUUUCCUCAGCAUACUAUUGCUUCUCUAUCUGAUCAAGAUGCGAAACCAUCCUUUAGCAUGGCGCAAUUGGAAAAUAACAGCGAGCCGGGUCUUACACUGGGCGGAUAUUUCUGUCCCCAGUGCAGAGCCAAAUACUGUGAACUUCCUGUGGAAUGCAAAAUCUGUGGUCUUACAUUAGUGUCUGCACCUCACCUGGCUCGGUCUUACCAUCACUUGUUUCCUCUGGAUGCCUUUCAGGAAGUUCCCAUGGAAGAAUAUCACGGGGAACGGUAUUGUCAAGGCUGCCAGGGAGAAAUGAAAGAUCAAAAUGUUUACAUAUGUAAAGUGUGCCAGAAUGCAUUUUGCAUGGAAUGCGAUUUGUUUGUUCAUGAUUCUCUGCACUGCUGUCCUGGCUGUAUUCACGAGCACCCUGGUCCCCUACCUGUAUGA